AGUCGCUCGUCGACAGCUGAACAAAGUGUAAAAUGUGGUCGCCGCUGGUCAUUGUAGUCUUUCUGGCCCUGGCCGUCAGCCAACCGGAUGAGUUGGUCGAGGCCGCUGGUCCGCUGAAGGUGCUGGGUCUGUUCCCCCAUCCCGGAGUCAGCCACUUCCACUUCUUCCACCCCAUCAUGCGGGGUCUGGCCGAGGCGGGACAUGACGUGAGCGUGGUUUCCCACUUCCCGGACAAGCAUCCGGUAGUCCGUUACAAGGAUUUCCCCUUGACUGGGCUGGACAAGCUCACGAACAGCGUGGAUCUCAAGUUCUUUGAGAAGCGCACAUUCUACAAUCAUUUUUUGGAUUUCUUCCUGCUGAACGAGUGGGGAAAACAGGCCUGUAACCAGACACUCCGCUCGGAGGCACUGCAGCAGAUCCUCAGGCGCCCGGGCCGCUUUGAUGUGAUCAUAAUGGAGCAGUUCAACUCGGACUGCAUGAUGGGCGUAGCCCAUCAGCUCCAGGCCCCCGUGAUCGCAGUGAGCAGCUGUGUGAUGAUGCCUUGGCACUACGAAAGAAUGGGAGCUCCUUUAAUACCAUCCUACAUUCCGGCUGUCUUCAUGGCCCAAUCGCAGGACAUGGACUUUGGCGGACGACUGGCCAAUUGGUUUAGCACACACGCCUUGAACUGGUUGUACAAACUCUUAUCAGUACCCGCUGCCGAUGCCAUGGUGCAGUACAAAUUCGGACACGAUGUGCCUUCGGUGGGUGAGCUGGCGAAGAACACAUCCCUGUUUUUUGUGAACCAACACUAUUCGCUGUCGGGACCCAAGCCCAUGCCACCCAAUGUCAUCGAGCUGGGUGGCAUACACAUCCAGAAAUCAAAGCCCCUGCCCGCCGAUCUGCAGCGUAUUCUGGAUAAUGCCGAGGACGGAGUGAUCCUGAUCAGCUGGGGAUCCAUGAUCCGGGCCAAUUCCCUGUCUGCGACCAAACGGGAUGGUAUUAUACGGGCUGUGGCUCGUUUGAAGCAGAAGGUUAUCUGGAAAUGGGAAAACGAUACGCUGCCCAACCAGCCACCGAAUAUGCACAUUAUGAAGUGGCUGCCGCAACGCGAUAUCCUCUGUCAUCCGAACGUAAAGGUGUUCAUGACGCAUGGUGGACUUAUGGGCACUACGGAGGCAGCCUAUUGUGGAGUUCCAGUUGUGGCCACGCCCAUGUACGGGGAUCAGUUCGUGAAUACGGCCGCCUUAGUGCAGCGCGGCAUGGGAACCAUCCUGAACUUCGAGGAUAUCGGGGAGAAUACGGUGAUGCGGGCUUUGAAAAAGGCCUUGGACAAGAAAUACUACGACGCCGCCAAGGUCGUCUCCCACUCGUUCAACCACCGCCCCCAGCAGGCUCUGCAAACUGCCGUCUGGUGGGUGGAGCAUGUGGCCCAUACGGGUGGAGCUCCUCUGCUGAGACCCAGUGCUGUGCAGAUGUCCCGAUUCGUGUACUACUCCCUGGACUGCUAUGCUCUGGUGGCCUUGAUCCUGGGCAGCGUCAUCGGCAGUUGGGUGUGGCUUCUUCGACGCUGCUGCGGUUCUAGUUCCUCCGACAAGACCAAGAGGGAUUAGCCGGGCUCAUCCUGGCACCGCUUCGUUUGUGGUGAAUGUGAUAUUUUGUAUGUUCUGUGUAAGAGACUUUUAAGUGUAAAGACGCCCCCUCUCAAGGACUUUAUGUAGAUGUAAUCUUAGUGACGCCAAAUUAAAUAUAAUGUUUAAUACAGUUGGUAUUCAACCGAUU